UCUUCAUCUAGAGAGGCAAAGAAGAGACAAAAAAGAACAGAGGGAGAGGGAGGGGGAGAGAACAGAGAUGGGAAACUCAUUUGGUUGCUCAGCAUCAGGGGAGAGGCUGGUCUCAGCUGCAAGGGAGGGUGACUAUAUGGAAGCUAAGGUGCUUCUUGGGUGCAACCCCUGUUUGGCCAAUUACUCCACUUUUGGUGGUCUUAACUCUCCUCUUCAUUUUGCAGCUUCCAAGGGCCACUCUGAGAUUGUGGCUUUGCUGCUUGAGAACGCUGCAGAUGUGAACUCUAGAAACUACUGCGGUCAGACAGCAUUGAUGCAAGCGUGUCAAUAUGGCCACUGGGAAGCUGUUCAAACUCUUCUUCUUUUUAGAUGCAAUGUUACAAGAGCAGACUAUCUUAGUGGGAAGACUGCUCUUCAUUUUGCAGCAGUGAAUGGGCAUGUCAGGUGCAUAAGACUUGUUUUGGCCGACUUUGUUCCCAGUUCUCCUUUUGAAUCUGCAAGGGUAGCUGACAGAAGUGAGAGUUCUCAUUCAAAGAGAAAACAUGAUCACCACGCUCUGGCAAAGUUUGUAGAUAAGGUUGCAGAUGGUGGUGUUACGGCUCUUCAUAUGGCUGCAUUAAACGGAUAUCUUGAGUGUGUACAACUCCUGCUUGAUCUUCAUGCUAAUGUAUCAGCUGUUACAUUUCAUUAUGGAACAUCCAUGGACCUUAUAGGAGGUGGGAGUACUCCUUUGCACUAUGCUGCAUGUGGGGGAAAUAUCAAAUGCUGUCAGAUCCUUAUUGCAAGAGGGGCUAGUCGGUUGACAUUAAACUGCAACGGGUGGCUUCCUCUUCAGGUUGCCAGGACGUGGGGGCGUCGUUGGCUUGAACCGCUGCUUGACCCAAAUUUUGACUCCGCUAUUCCACCAUUCCUGCCAUCUACCUAUUUGUCAUUGCCACUCUUGAGUGCACUUGAAAUUGCUAGAGAGCAGGGCCUGCAGUCCUCAGAAAAAACUAGUGAUGAUGAUAUAGAUACUUGUGCAGUUUGCUUGGAGAGAACAUGCACAGUUGCUGCUGAAGGUUGUGGGCAUGCAUUUUGUGUGAGAUGUGCACUGUACCUUUGUUCUGCAACUGCAAGCAAUACCCCGUCCGAAUCAAUGUGCCCGCCUGGCUCCAUUCCAUGCCCGCUUUGCAGGCGUGGAAUUGUCUCUUUUGUAAAACUACCUGGUUCAUCAUCAUCAAAGCAGGAGAUGGGGUUAUUACAACACUUAUCAUCAGUGAGCUUGUGUACACCAACAUGUCUGCUUCACACACCUACUCAUGAGCAAGACCGCUCAACAUCUAGCAGCACAGCACAGAAGAAUAUCAAAGGAAACUGUGUGUCUUCUGUUUCUUCAAAUUUUUUGAGUCUGAUCCCUUCUGGUGUAGAAGAGGUCUGGAAUAUUUUAUAGUGUAUCACUGGUGGUUAUAUUAACCUUGUCCAGAUUGGCAUUCUCAAUCAGUUUAGAUUCUUGCUUGGGCUGAUUGUGUAUAGUAUGCUAGUUUUUAUUAGACUUUAGAGGUACCCCAUCUGUUUGCACAGACAUCACAGUGCUCGAUUGGUGUGUUCGCCAGGGAUGUUUGUGAAUGCGAAUUUGUAUAGUUUCUGGGAAUAAAUUAUUCAAAAUAAUAACAUUUUAAUUUACAUCAAGAGUUUUUUUCACUAUUGAA